CGUCGCUCUUGGUCGUUUCCCGGCUGGCUUCUCUCGGUGCGCGACGGAUUCCUCGGCCAGCCAGCCUACCGCGCCCCCCCCCCCCUCUUUCUGCUGCCCUGUCACCUUCUUUCCCGAAUCGAGGCAGAGCCUCAACCGGCUGCACCGGCGGAACCACCACCCACCCUUCCCCGGACGGGGCACGGAGUUGACGAGUUGCCAUUUGGGGCUCAGGGUCAGAGCCCAGAGCAGCCAUCACAAUAGCGUCCAACAGCUGGAACGCCAGCGGCAGCCCCGGGGAGGGGCGAGAAGAUGGACAGGAGGGGAUGGACAAGAGUCUGGACAAUGAUGCCGAAGGAGUGUGGAGUCCAGACAUUGAACAGAGUUUCCAAGAGGCGCUGGCGAUAUACCCGCCUUGUGGCCGGCGGAAGAUUAUCCUCUCGGACGAGGGCAAAAUGUAUGGUCGCAAUGAAUUGAUAGCAAGGUACAUCAAGCUACGGACAGGGAAAACAAGGACAAGAAAACAGGUGUCCAGCCAUAUACAGGUUCUAGCUCGGAAGAAGGUGCGAGAGUACCAGGUUGGCAUUAAGGUCUCUAGCCACUUGCAGGUUCUAGCCAGACGGAAAUCUCGUGAGAUUCAGUCCAAGCUGAAGGCUAUGAACUUGGAUCAGGUUUCGAAAGACAAGGCUCUGCAGAGUAUGGCUUCCAUGUCAUCGGCACAGAUCGUAUCUGCCAGUGUCCUGCAGAACAAGCUCAGCCCCCCUCCUCCACUCCCUCAGGCUGUCUUCUCUGCUGCUCCCAGGUUUUGGAGUGGGCCUAUCCCAGGACAGUCUGGACCUUCUCAGGACAUUAAACCUUUUGCACAACCAGCCUACCCCAUCCAGCCACCUAUGCCUCCAUCACUAGCCAGCUACGAGCCCCUGGCUCCUCUCCCACCUGCUGCCUCGGCUGUGCCAGUCUGGCAGGACCGCACCAUCGCCUCUACCAAGCUGCGGCUCCUUGAGUAUUCAGCGUUCAUGGAAGUGCAGCGUGACCCUGAAACGUAUAGCAAGCACCUCUUUGUGCAUAUUGGACAGACGAAUCCCUCGUACAGUGACCCACUGCUGGAGGCAGUGGAUAUACGCCAGAUUUAUGACAAGUUCCCUGAGAAGAAAGGUGGUUUGAAGGAGCUCUAUGAGAGAGGACCGCAGAACUCCUUUUUCCUUGUCAAGUUCUGGGCGGAUCUGAAUAGCACCAUUCAGGAUGGUCCUGGUGCUUUUUAUGGCGUAAGCAGUCAGUAUAGCAGUGCAGAAAACAUGACCAUCACAGUCUCCACCAAGGUGUGCUCUUUUGGGAAGCAAGUAGUCGAGAAGGUGGAGACUGAAUUUGCCCGGAUGGAAAAUGGAAGGUGUGUGUACCGAAUCCAUAGGUCCCCCAUGUGCGAGUAUAUGAUCAAUUUCAUCCAUAAACUGAAACACCUCCCAGAAAAAUACAUGAUGAACAGUGUCCUGGAGAAUUUCACCAUCUUGCAGGUUGUUACGAAUAGAGAUACCCAGGAAACCUUGCUCUGCAUAGCCUUUGUUUUUGAGGUAUCCACCAGUGAGCAUGGGGCCCAGCAUCACGUGUACAAGUUGGUCAAAGACUAGAAGCCCCUCCAGGGUGACUGAGAAAUUUAAGGAAGAGGGAGGAGAAAAGUCUUGUCAGAGAAGCCACCUGUAUAGGAUGCCUUGAUACAAGUCUUUUGAAAACGAACAAAAAAAAAAGCGAUGCCAAAAAAGACUGUUUCACAAUCACAGAUGUUUUCUACUUAGGGACAAUUUUUGUACAAAAACAAACAGAAAAAAGCAUUACAGGAAAGCAUAAAGUGGAAGGAGAAUUGUAUCUGGAGGCAGCAGGAAGGACUGUUCCUGUGGGCUAGGUCUUGAGUAUUUCAGGAGAUAUUGGUUCCGAGGCCUGGUACCUCUUGAUGCCUUUCCCAGCACACAGUACUAGAACAGCAUCUGGUGAAUUGAGACUGCCAACCUCUUCAUAAUAUCUGAACGUGCCUAUGUUUUUCAUGCCGAGAUCCGGAUUUUGUCCUCGAAUACAGCUUUCCCUCCUUGCUUUCAUCUGCAGAAAAGAACAGUUACGUGAGGGCUGCUGAAGAUGGAAAGUCAUAUGCUGCCUUGUAAAUGAUCCCACUCUGUUUUAGACACUGACAAAGAAGAUGAAGAGUUUUCUUCAGUCUCUUGCCACAGUGUGCGUGCAGAGCCAACACAGGGAAUAGGCAGAUUGCAACAUGUUGUGGCAUAUAACCCAUUGGUUAAUUACAAGGAAGUGAUUUAGUUCCCACAAUAUCCUGGGCAUUUUCUGUUGCAGGAUCUACUACGUUCCCCUAAACUAUAGUGUUGGUGGAGGGGCACCAGGUGAUGUUUGUGGCAGAAGUGUGGCAGUGUUGCAUCCAUGUCCCAGGCGUUUGGAUAACAGGCGGGAAUAUGGCUACAGGAUUCCGUGUGUGUGUGUGUGUGUGUGUGUGUGUGUGUGUGUGUGUGUAAAAACCCCAAUGAGAAAAGAAGGGUCUUAAAGGUAUCUGUUCAUGGGAUAUUAAAAGGUAAGAGUAUGUUUUAGGAGGAAGGGGUGAGAGGCUCAGCUGGAGGAAAUGAAUGAUGCAGGCUUGCUCUAGGUGGGCUAUGAGAUGACUGUUGAAAUAUUUGGUCUGGCUAAGGCUGUGUAACUUGGAAGAUUUUUUAAACGUCCGUGGGAUUUUAACCAGCUCAGAAAGGAGCUUUUUAUUUUUAACAUUUGCAAUGUCAUAAACAAUAUGGGAAAGGCUUAGACCAAAGUUCUUGCUGCCUGGGCAUUGUUCUGUUAAGGUAUUAAUUUCCCUUGUGCUUCUCUGUUCAUCUGUGGUCGUCACCCUAGAAAGGGCAGGAUCUAAAUAUCAGAAUGCAAGUCUUUCCCCCUGUAUUGUGUUCUUCCCACCUAGCAUAUCCUUGUGGAGGUUGCUAGGACCAAAGUGAAAAUUGAGUAAUCUGGCAUCCCAAAACACAGGGAGGUGCUGAAAGAUGAAACACAGUGCAACUUGUCAUUAAGAAUCCCUUGCAUUUGAAAGCGAUACUGUUUGCUGUUGGAAAUGCUGAGGAAAGUUUCUGGGUAGGGUUUAAGUGUACCUGAGCCCCUCUACCUUAAACCUGGAGUCUAUCAUAGUGGGUUUAUCAUUUAGAUUGGUGCUUUUAGGAAUCCUGUUACAUGAAUAAUGUCAAGAUCUCAGUACCCUCGAUACACGCGGCACCUCCAGGCCUCAGGCCCAUAGGUUUCAGCUAUGCUUCGUCUAAAUGCUAGCUUGUAGUUUUAAUAAUAGAGGAACUAACAGAAUGUAAAGGUUGUGCCUUUUUCUACCAUUGAGCUUUUCCUAUCUUGUCCUUCAACUUUUUCCUUUGCUACAUGGUAAUUUUUUUUAGUUGAUUGGUUGUCAUUUUUUUUAAAAAAAAUCUCCUUGCCUCCAUCCUUUCUUUAGUCUGAUAUACUCUUAAUCAACCCACUCAGACUAAUCCUCACGCAAUGCUUUCUCACAGACCCAGUACAAAUUAUAUGGAAGAGUCUCAGAACAUGUGCUUGGGAUAAAGGUGCAAUACAGUGCAAAGAACCCAUUGCCAGGGGAGGGCAAAAUGUGAAGAUGCCAUUUCUAGGAGGAAUUGGGAGUGCACAGGCCAAGGUCGGCUGCUACCAAUUCUCAUUCCUGUCUAUUUGUCUGGUUUUAAAUAGAGCCUGUUCUAAGGUGCUGUAAGUAGAGGUGUCAUCACCAGGAUCAUUUUCAUAAUGGUACUAUCAAGAUAUGUGGAAUUGAGCCCCCAAAGAGAUAGUGAGGGAGCUGGAAUUUAGAAUUGGGUUGAAAAGGAAAGUCUGUUAAAAAAACACACAGAUGGAUUGUUACCAUCAUGAUGAAGCAGAGAGUUUGGUUCAUGUCCUAGAACAAAACCUAGAGAUCCUCCCUUCACAUGUUUUAUUCCUCACUUGUUUUUCGAGGGUUGCUUUUUUCCUCCCUUGUCUUUUCUGCCAUUGUCUGUCUUAGAAGGUAGGAGGUGAUGUCAUGGAGACUUUUCAUAAAGUCUUGAUUCUCUCUUUUUCAUAACUGACUUGGGCCUCAUCUUCAGUUUUGGCCUGUAUCACCACUGCAUUGUUGACUUAGCACCCAUGUUUCGACUACCUGGAUGGUCACCUUUUGCCUGAAGGACCAGGUACAAAGGCAUUGGCUAACUCAGACUUUGAUCAGCAGACUAAGAAUGUCCUAGGAGCCUUUGGACUGUCGUUUGAGUGCAACUUGCAGCUAUGAGGUGACACCAUGAGAACAACUGACAGAGUAGUUUCCCAACUUUUUUUGAAGGACAUUUUUAAUUAAUGUAAGAAUUUUUUUCCUGUGAAGUGAUUUUAAUUGAUGCCACCCAAGGACUUGUUGAAAACUCCAUUAGAAUGUUGAAAUACACACUCCUCUGUGUUAUGUGAGACCCCAGAGGUGGUAAUGCUGAUGGGAACGGUACGUGAAGACUGGAUUGUUAGAGCACCAAAUCACAAGUUGUUCAGGAUCAGUGCCUUAUUUUGCAACGUGGUGUUGCGCUCUUGGGGAAUGAGCAACAAGUGCUGGAAAUUCCAGAAAAUAAGGGUAAGCUGAAUUCAGGUGGGCAUCUCCUCUGCUCUCUGCCUCCCAACCUGUUAAUACUAUUGCACCGUCCUUCUUGGCAAAGCUGAUGUCCCAUGCAUGGCAGUGCGUGAUGUUUUGGGCAAACUGGUCUCUGAAGUGCCACAAGCUUUUCUCCUGAGUGUUACGCUUAGGAAGAACUGGCUGCCCAGUAAAAGCCAGCUUUGACAUUCAGGUACGUUUUGAGACCCCUGAGCAUUUGGGGAAGAGGUACAGCAUCCUUGGAAUCAAUUAUCAGCUGUCGUAACUAGAGUGGGAGGAGGUAUAAUUAAAAGGGGAUGGGAUGUUGAGUUCCUUAUGAUUACAGCCAGAAUCUCUGCAUCUGUAAGGACAGGAGUGCUGGCGAAUUUAUAUGUAGCAUGUUUAUUUUCAUUCCUAGAUCAAAAACUCUGGGAAUUAAGGUUAAAACUUUCCCUGUUCUCCUUAGCCCAUAUAGAAUAAAAUAUCCCUUUUCUGCUUUUAAAAAAAGCCUUUU